AACCGGGGUAAUAGUAAACGGCAGUUUACUCCCGCGUGAAUAUAUGGAAUCCAAGAUUGCCAACGUUUGACGACCUGUUUGUUUGCUCCUCGCAGUCUCAGACGCCAUGGGAAUCGUCGGAAAUCUCAGUCCUGACCAGCUCCGGACCUUCCACUCCCAAGGUUAUCUUGUGAUGGAAUCGUUUGCGAGCGCGGAGGACAUCGAGGCCAUGAGGAACCGAAUGGACCAAUUGCUCCAGGACUUUGACUGCUCUUCCACCGCCUCUAUUUUCUCCACCACCAACCAGCAGCAGUCUACUGACAAUUACUUCUAUGAUAGCGUUGACAUAAUUUCGUUUUUCUUCGAAGAGAAAGCUUUUGGGAGUGAUGGAGAACUGCGACAGCCGAAGGAACUUUCGAUUAACAAAGUUGGCCAUGCAUUACAUGAGCUCGAUCCAGUAUUUAAAGGGUUCACCUUUUCCGAAAAAGUUUCAGGCUUGUUCAUCUCCUUGGGUUACAAAAGGCCCAUUGUCAUUCAGUCUAUGUACAUUUUCAAGCAACCAGGAAUCGGAGGUGAGGUAGUGCCACAUCAGGAUAACUCAUUUCUUUAUACCGAUCCACCAACUUGCACAGGGCUGUGGCUGGCUUUAGAAGAUGCAACAAUAACGAAUGGCUGCCUAUGGGCUAUUCCUGGAUCUCAAAAGAAUGGGCUUGUGAGACGGUUCAUUAGAGGUGAAGACGGUGUGACCUUUGAUCGGCCUUCCCCUGAGUAUGAUCAAAAGGAUUUUGUUCCCAUCGAAGUGAAAGCUGGGUCUUUAGUUGUUAUUCACGGUGAUCUUAUUCAUCAAAGUUUCGAGAACCAAUCCUUAAAAUCAAGGCACGCGUACAGCUUGCACGUGGUGGAUACCGAUGGCUGCAGAUGGUCUCAAGAUAACUGGAUCAGGAGAAAAGUGGAGCCAGAGCCUCUGUACGUAUCUUCUUCUGACCUGAAACUUGAUCUCUAGAUCUCAAGGAGGGCUAUCUGAUCGAGGUAUUCGGUAUUCGAAGUUCCCGAGAACAUCUACAUAUACAAGGGGUUGUCGACAAGAAAGUCGAUGAACGCUGAGACAUUUGUUUCUUUGGACGAGCCAUAUAUCAUUGUAAUUUAUAAUCUUCUCUUGCUAUUGGCCUCUCUUUUCUUCAGAAAAUGAUUUCUACACACUUAUUUUCGCUCUUAUGCGCUUUUAUAUGGGAGCGGAAAAAUUCAAAUCCUCCAACAAUAAUCUUGUAGACAUGUUGAGAAGCACGACACACAUAUUCCCUUGUCGUCAUUGAGGGAGGAAGGGAGCUUGUAAAAGACACUUUAACGCUCAAGUCACUGUUUGUUCAGUAAAUGACACAAAAUAUUAAGUGA